UCUAACAAAAUGGAUAAUUUUAGCUCACCGGAAGCGUCACAUUCAGAAAAGUUGCUGAAACAUGAAAACGCUGUUCAUAAACGUCGGUCUUCUAUUUUUCAAAGUCGUAUAACUGUAUUUGACGAAUGUGAAGGAAAUGAGAAAUCUUUGGAAAACCAUGAUACAAAUAAGUACGUAUCAAAAACACCUGAAGUGGAAGGUUUUAAUUUGGAAUUGUAUAUACGCAACCUGAAGGAGGAGAGGAAAGAAUGGAUUGAAACGCUGAGACAGAGAAAAGCUGAACGGAAAUCUCUGAAAAAGCAAAAGUUGCGUUUAGAAAAUCAAGGGAAAUCUGUAGAUCUGAUUACACUAUCAGAUUCUGAGAAAGCCUUUGUUACAAGUCGUCCAGACUAUCAAAGUAUUUGCAAGAGUAACAAAAGAUUAACAGAAAUGGCUUUAAAAGUAUCAAUACUACACCAUAUGGUUUACAAAUUAAAUCAAAGAUUUAUUUUACGAAUGGAGAAAAAACUCUGUAGAGUUACAAAAAAGGUUAUAGAGACAUCGGAAUCAUGA